GCGAGGCGCCGCCUCGAUCCAACAGUCGCGGCUCCUGGGCUGCUGGGGCGGGUCGCAGCCGCUCGCGAGGAGGGACGUGUCAGGGACCGUGGUCCCCGCGCCAAGGUGAGGAUGAAGACGUAGAAAUGGCUUUGGGGCAUGCGCCACAGCGGUCGUUAAGAGACACAAAACCGACGUCUUGGAGCCGGGAGCCUAGAGGAAUAGGGCUGGUCCCCGGGCUGGGCUCUGGACGCCUCGGGCGGAGGAGUAGGGUGCCCCUGGGCCAGGCCGACGGCGCAGGUGCGGAGAGCGCCGGCGUGGCGGCGGGCGGGUAACGUCACGUGGCGAGGCGGCGCGUGCGCAGGUGUCAAGGGCGGGGCCCGGAGUUAGACGCGGCCGCCGCUCUGAGGGAACCACUCUUCUCUGCAGAGCACUUCUCUGCAGUAUCUGCUGGUCGCCUCCGCGCUUUGCUUGUGCAUUUGGAGGUACUUCUUACUCGAAGCCUAGUCGUUGCUGAUUCCUAGGGAUUGAAGGAGACAUCUGCAUUUUUGUCUCAACGAAACUUGAAAACAAUGGCAGAAAACAACAUAGAGUGCAAUAGUGUGGUUGAUGGUAAUGUUGAAGAAGUCCCCAACAAGAAGAUAAUUAAGUUUAAUCCUCCAUUAUACAAACAGCGUUACCAAUUCGUUAAAAAUUUAGUGGAGCAACAUCAACCCAAGAAGGUUGCAGACUUGGGGUGUGGUGAUGUUUGCCUCCUAGUGAUAUUAAAAUACCAAAAGUGCAUUGAAGAGCUUGUUGGAGUGGAUAUCAAUGAAGGGAGACUUAAAUGGAAUGGAAUAGAACAUUUUGAUUCAGAAGAUCUGGCGAAGUUUCCUGAAGUUGUAUUUGGGUACAUGUCUCCAGCCAUGAUUGUCAUCAGCACACCGAACUCUGAUUUCAAUUCCCUGUUUCCAUCUACAGCCUUCAGAGAUUCAGAUCACAAAUUUGAGUGGAGUAGAAUGCAGUUUCAGACCUGGGCUUUAGACGUGGCCAAUCGCUACAGUUACUCUGUGGAGUUUACUGGUGUGGGAGAACCACCAGCAGGAGCUGAGGAUGUUGGAUGUUGUACCCAGAUAGGGGUCUUCCGGAAAAAAGCAAAGGCAACUGAAUCUGCUGUUCUGGAGCACCAUGGCGAACAUGUUUAUGAAGUUAUUUAUACGACCUCAUACCCGAGUUUACAGCAAAUGAAUUACUGUAGACGUGUAGUGACUUAUCUAGUGUACCGAGAGGUGCACAGAAUGAAACGGAGAUGUCAAGUGAGUCUGAGACAGCAUGAGUUGGAACCUGAGUCCGCAGACCCUGGCAACCCAACAAGAAAAUUCAUCUCAGACCUUCCAGUUCCAGUACUCAGAGAGGCAGACAAAGCCAUGGAGAUGACUCCCCAACCCUUCUGUAUUGGAGAUAAGUUUUAUGUACCCCUAGAGAGAAUCAUUGCUUGUCCCAGGCUGCGGCACAUAUGUGGUAAUGUAGAGAAGCUGAGAGAGUUCCUUGCUGAUGUAGUAGAACUGAACUGCGAUGGUUCUGCAGUGAAGGUUGACUUGCAUGAUUGUGGUGACUACUGAGCCUUCUUUAUUUCCUGACAUUCAGGGUCUUAGCAGUAAUGGGGCUCAUUUAGAAUUAAACUUUGUGCAGCCAUAAUUCAGGUAACUUUUAAAUUAAAAAUCACCUAACUUUUGUUUUCUUGUGUGUUGAAU